AUGGCGCUGGACGGUAUCCUUGGACGCCGCCGGAAAGGUCACAACCCCGAGGAUGGAAUUCAAGAAUAUGAAGCUGGUCCAAGUCGGGGAGGGCAAGAAAAAGACAUCCACCAUGACCACCAUGGUCGUGCCAUCUUCAACCACAAGGGCCAUAAAGUCACAAAAGGGAUCGCGCCUGACGGAGAAAGUGGCCGCAAAGGCAUCCACCCUCUGAAAUUCUUGCGGAUCUGUUUCCGGUCCUCAUGUGGCCUGUCGAGGGCUGUGAAUAUCUUGUGGCCCUUCGUCAUACCCGCUAUCGCCCUCCAUUUUGCUCGUCCCGAGCAGCAGCUGUGGAUCUUUAUCCUCAAUUAUAUUGCUAUGGUACCGACCGCUAACCUCAUCGGCUUCGCUGGUCAAGAGCUCGCCCGUAAAUUACCAAAAGUAUUCGGCGUUCUCCUUGAGACCUUCCUUGGCGGCCUUGUCGAGAUCAUCCUGUUCAUCGUUCUCAUAUCCCGAACUCAGGACAAUAUUCCUGUCAUACGUGCGGCAAUCCUGGGCUCCAUCCUGGCAAAUUUGCUGCUCUGCUUAGGCUUCUGCUUCUUCGCAGGAGGUCUCCGUAGAGAUGAGCAAGAGUUUCACGAGGUGGUCAGUGAGGUGGGGAGCGGACUCCUUCUUGUUGCAGGGUUCGGCCUCCUGAUUCCGAGUGCAUUCUAUGCGUCCCUCCGUGCUGCUCCAGAUGUUAUCAAUGACGAGACUCUUCGAUACGAUGUCCUACACAUCUCCCGUAUCAGUGCUGUCAUCUUAAUCUUCGCCUUCCUCAUGUACGUUUGGUUUCAAAUGCGUACACAUCAUGGCCUCUACGAUGAAGUCUUGGAAAUGGACGAAGAAAAGGAUCACGACAGGCAUAAGGACCUAGCAAAGGAAAAGCUGACAUUGACCGAGUGUAUCGUCGCACUUGUGAUUGCACUUGCAUGCGUUUCUCUUCACGCAGUAUUCUUGGUCGAGCAAAUUGAAUACAUUGUCGUCGAUCGCGGAAUCCACGACAGCUUCAUCGGUCUUAUCCUUGUUCCCCUUGUAGAAAAGGCAGCAGAACACCUAACAGCCGUCGACGAAGCAUGGGACAACCAGAUGAACUUCGCCUUAGCUCACGUCCUUGGCGCAACGAUCCAGACAGCACUCUUCAAUUCUUCUCUCGUGGUUAUCGUAGGCUGGGGUCUUGGCAAGGCCAUGGAUUUCAAUUUCGAGAUCUUCAACAUUGUCGUCCUUAUUCUGGCCAUCAUCGUGGUGGGCAACUUCUUGCGUGAUCAAAAGUCCAACUAUUUGGAAGGCGCCCUCUGCAUCUUAAUCUACAUGAUCAUUGCCAUCGCCAGCUGGUACUACCCUGACUCAGUAGAAAUUCAAGCUGAGAGAAACAGCCUUGCUGCCGAAAAUGCCGAAAAGAUGCAUGCCAUGAGCGCCGAGGGCGGUGGAGAAGGAGAGGCUGUCGCUCACCGCUUGAUGCGCAUGAUGAUGCGUUGA